CCGUCUGUGACGCCCCCGGAAGUGACCACCUGUGUGGGAGUGCCCCCCGAGCUCUUCCGGGGGCCUGGGAGCCGGUUUUCAGCAACGAUGUGCUGGCAGAGGGCUGGCUAGCUGUUUGCGGAGGGCAGGCGUCUGUAGUGAAGCCCAGCAGAUGCAGGACUUCCAACAUCAGGGAGAACUUCGAUUUUUCAUCUGCAACUUGGAAGCGAAGUCCACAGAGAAAUGAAGCCUUCCAAGCACGUAACGUCCACAAGUUCUACCUGGGCAAGUGUUCCACAACUGGUGUAUCAAAGAGGGCUGCUCAAGUCACCCUUGUCACACAGACUGAAAGAGAGACGUAAUAGAAAACUGGCAUGUGACAAAGUUGAACCCAUGGUCUUAAGAUCGCCACCAGCAGGAGAAUCCCUUUUGCGAUACGCUUUGCCUAUUCCCUCGAGUAAGACACAGGAACUACUGGGGAAGGACGAAAAGAUCAAGAUGAUCACCAAACGCCUGGGCAUGCUCGUUUCUAGUUUGGAAGAAACGUUUGGGUUAAACACUCAAGAAGGAGAAGAAGAAACAGCUAUAGAACCUCAGCAGGAAGAGGUUGAGGAGAAUAUGAAAUCAUUCUUGAUGUGUUGUUCACAUUUAGCAGCGCAGCUGGAAUCAGCAGUUAAACAGGAACAUAACAUUCUGCGAUCUCUUUCUAAGUUAAAGUGGUUUCAUGGACAAGUCAGUCAGGUGUAUGAAGAAUUGGAACCAGGUCAGGAGUUCCUAAAUCAAGAUCCAACUCUUCUAGAACUUGCAGCAGCUAAUCAGCCAGUCACUGCAAGCACUGCACAAAUAUUACAGAAUGAAGAAGAACCUGGAAGGCAGUCUUGGCAGGAAUCUGUACCCAUCAUGAAUUCAGAAAAUUCACCUGUAGUUGUGAAAAGCUAUGAAACGGUAAAGCAUCAAAUUGAAGAUGCUGCGUCUUCAAUGACAAAUAAAUUGGAUAAGAUGUUGGAGAUAUUUGAAAAACAGUCAAAUAUAUGGAAGAGAACUAUGAAAGAGCGAGGUGUAUUGGAGGCUAAAUACAAACAGAUACAGAGUGAUCUUGAGUCGUUAUCGCAGGAGAAAAGAGUGCUGGAGAAUAAGCUGCGGAGGCUGAAGGAUCCAGAGAAAGCAAAGAUAUAUGAUGCUUCAACAAAGAAAAUUGUAAAACCAGAGAAGAAAAAAGACAAAGGAAAAAUGGAGGAAGCUGAAUGGAAGACGGGUACUACAAAACAGUUGAAAAUGAAAGAUGAUUUUCAAAAUGUUCAGAAAUUAGCAGAUGAUCUGGAAUCUGAGAAUAGAAUCCUUUGGGAAAAACUGAAAGUGGCCUUGGAGGAAGCUGAAAGAGCUAAACAUCAACUGGACAAUUUCCUCAGUCAACAGAAAGCCAAGGCAGUAUUGGAAAGGGGGAAAAUAAAAAUGAAAGGUGAAGACUCAAUCGAGAAAAGAGGAGGAAAAUUAAUGUUAGGACGAAGGAGCAGUGAUGACGUCCACAGACAUCCAGAGAUAACAGCAGGUGAAUUUAGAAGAUCAAUUGGAGAAAGCUCAGAGAAGGAAAGGGCCGACUCCACACUUUCGAAUCUGUCGCAGUACUUGGGGUCUGAAGGGUACAGCCUGUGGGAGAUGCCCCUCGAGAUUGCAGCUGCUAGACAUGCUGUCCAGUCACCCAGGAGAGGAUCUCGAGAGUCACAGGGGCUUCUGGCCACCGAAGCACUGCCCCCAGGAAGCGCAAGAGCGAAGCUGUCAUUCACGGAGCCCACUGCUCCUGAUACAGGGGAUGCACAGGUUGAAGUUUCAGAAGAGGAAUUACGAAAGAAGGGCAAAAAAGACUCUCAAGGUGAAGAUGUACUUGACAAACAAUCUUCAGCCUCAGAAUCUCAAGUGCGAAAAGUAAAGCAAAGAAUUGUUAAGGGGGAUAGACGCAAAGCAUUUCUUAUAAACCCAACAUCACCUGAAGAUAUGAUUUUGCUGGCAAGAAGAGAAUCUGAAACUGAAAGCGUAUAUGAGACUAUUGGUGAGGAACUGGGUGAAAACAGCGUUAGUGAACAGUCUGAAUAUCAAGAUGCAAAACCAGAAGGGAAGGUGAAAAAGAAAAGAAUUUCCAAAGGGGAAAGACUGUCCACUCAUUAUGAAGAACUGAAUGAAAAUACCAUGGCAAGACAUCAAGAAUCAAUGUCAAAAUCCAGACUUCGGGAACAGAAUGAUAGCGUUUCUAGAGGAGAACAUGUCACCACUCACAGCAAAAAAACAGAGGAAAAUCUUAAAGAUGAGCCUGAAGACUCAGUAUCAAAAACACAGAAAGGAGUAAAGAAACAAAGAAAAAGUAAAGAAGGAAAACCCAGUUAUAGCAAUGAAGAACUUUAUGAAAAUUUUGUGCUUCAGCCUCAACAUUCAACAUCUAAGUCAGAAAUUCAAGCAAAGACACAAAGAACUUCUACAGGGGAAGUGCUUACUAUUUCAGGUGAAAAUCUUGUUGUUGAACAUCAGGAUGCAGACUUACAGCGCGAAAUCCACGCGGAAGAACAGACUACAUUCACUGACGAAAGAUCAAUUCCUCUUGAAGCCCAGGAAAAGGAUACCUCACUUGAGGAUGUAUUGCUUGAGGACAAUGCUAUACUCCCAAGACGUGAAUCUCAAGUGAAGAUACCUGAGCCUGUUAAAAAAGAAAGUCUCGAAGUUCAGACUGUAGAAGAAAAAUCAGAUGACAAUAUUAAACCUGAAGAUAAAUUUGCAGUGCUAAAAAGCCCACCUCAAGUUACAAAAGCUGAAUCUUUGGAAAUUGAUAAAAUACUGAGUAGUCAGAGGGUGGUUCAGGAGGCAGAUCAACAUCUUUUGCCAUCAGAGUCAAAAUCAAAAGAUCAUACUCAAAUGAGUGAAGCCAGAAGUGCCCAACUGAAAAUACGUGAUCAUGACAUGAAUAAGCUCCCAGAAGAGGGUUUUAUACUUAAAGGUGUAGAAACAGGACACAAGGUUCAAAUUAAAACAAGCGAUUCUAAGCAACCUCGAAUAUUGACAACUAAACAUGAAACAAUACCGGAACCUCCAAAUAAAGUGAAAAGUCUUCCAGCAUCUGGUACAUCAAUAGAUGACCUAAUACUUCACUUAGGAUUAGACAAAGUGAUUGAGACUGAUCCAGAACAAUUGAGAAAUUUGGUUGCAAGACCGCUAUUAAAGAAUGAGCUAAAGACACAACCAAAGCUUUUACCUGAGACUGAGACAGAACACAUGAAUGACAUAGUUCAAAAACAUAUAAUAAAAGGUGAAUAUCAAGCACGGCGUAAGAGUCACACUGAGACUACAGCAGAACAUGUGACAAAAUAUUUUGGAAGAGGUAUAAGGAAGGGACCAUUCAGGACCCAAUUCAAGAGUCACACAGAGAUUGAAACAGAACCUAUAGCAAAUGUUGUUGGAAGAAGUGUAAUAAAGGGGCCCAUCAAAAUGCAGUUUAAGAGUUACCCUGAGACUGAUACAGAACCCUUGACAGAUAUCAUUGGAAAAAGUGUAAUCAAGGAGUCCAUCAAGACACAGUUAAAGAGCCAUCCUGAGAUCCAUGCAGAACACUUGACAGGUGCCACUGGAAUUGGUAGAAUAACUGGUGAUACCAAGUUUCAACCAAAGAGUUACCCAGGUGUGAAUUUACCUAGAAACAGAGAUGUACUCACACAAGAAGAUAGUUCUAUCAAGCCCAUUGCUCCAAUGAAGUCAACCAAAUCAUCGGUUGACCACAAAGUCCAGAAUGUGGACAAGUCUAACAUCGAUGACCUGGAGGAAUCAAAAUCUGGUACAAACUUAUUUAAAUACAAGAAUAGUUCCACAGAAUAUCGUGAUAGUAUUUUUUCAAGACGCGUUACACCAAGUAAAUUCCCAAUGAAUGUGAUCAACUUAUCUCCCUUUGUAAAUCAAGCACAAUCUGGAAAUGCAAAUUUAAAGCAAAAGGCUGUUGGAUUUACCAAUGUUCUGCCUGCUGUGAUCUCUGUGUCUAAGAAGCCCAUUUCUAGAGCAUUACAUACCACCAGACGGAAGUCCUCGGCAUAUCCACACUUCAAAGAAUGAGGGAAUUCUGAACAACAUAAAGAACAUGAACAAAUCCAUGGACACAGCAUUGAAUAUUUCAUAUGUGAAGGUCUCCUGAAUAUAAUGCGUAGCAGUUUCACAAAGGAAAGAAUGAAAAAUGAAUGACAAUAACCUGAUGAGUAUAAGUGCAGAUGCUCCACAAUUUGCUAUGGUAUAAAAUACAUCUCAAGAAUUAUCAAGAAUUCUUCGUUACUUUCUGGAACCUGUUUGAGCCUCUAGAAUUAAUUCCUCUUUGUUGCUGAUGAUAAGAAAGGAGCCAUUUGCUGAAGUUUGUUUGCUUCUGUUCACUAAUGUCCUGGUAGUCCCUCUGCUGUGGUGUAAAAUCAAUUAAACAUGAUUUGUGCUCUGCA